AGUGUCAUUGUGCUUGUGGACAGAAACAAGACAAGAUGCAGGUGUGUGUUGAGGUCUCGAGGGAACAAGGAAUAUUAGCUGGACACAACAUUUAAAGUAAGCAGACUCCCAUUGCUUUGAGUUGGCGCUGGGAUCCAUUCCUAUGGUGGCAAACCAAUGUCUGGCCAUGGGCAAUGGUUCAAUAAAAGCCCAGCGGACUGAGGAGAACACCUGCCUGGCCUCCAUUCAUACGGACCCUCCAUGCAUGGACACAGACAUCUUGAAGAUGCGGAUAACCUACCUGGAGGCAAAGCUCACACAGAGGGACCAAGAGGUAAAGGCCCAAGAACUUCAGUUGCAGCAUCUGCAGAGGGAGUUGGAAGCCAAGGUCUGUCAGAUUGACAAACUGCAGGAUGCUAUCGGGUACAACAACAGUUUGGGACGCUCACCACUAGGCGUUAGUCCACGCCGCUUCAGUGUCAUCAACCAGGAUCCCAGUCAUUUCCAUACGGUGGCCAUGGAGGUUCACAGAAGGCUCAAAGCUAAAGAAGGCGUCUCUGCUGAACCCACUUCUGAGAACUUCUGUGGAGGACGUAGAAAUACACACAUUUCUAUGGUGAAACCAAUCCAAAAGGAUUUACGGACUAUAAAGAUGAUGAAUGAUGCCUUCAUGAAGAACGACUUUUUGAAAAGACUAGAGCUGCAACACUUGAGGGAGAUGGCGAACUGCAUGUAUGAGAAUGUCUACACUGAAGGACAGCUCGUCAUCCAGGAGGGUGAAUCUGGAAACUACCUUUACGUGCUAGCAGAUGGCUUGCUGGAAGUCAUCCAGAGUGGGAAGUUGCUUGGUGAGAUGCGUCCUGGAACAGCAUUUGGAGAACUGGCUAUACUGUAUAAUUGCAAGAGAACAGCCACUGUAAAAGCUGUGACCCAGUCCCACAUUUGGGCUUUGGAUCGUCGGACUUUUCAGAUUAUCAUGAUGCGGACGGCACAAGCCCAGCAUGAGGAAUAUUUCAGCUUUUUGAGCAGUGUGUCCCUACUUCGAGAACUGCCAGAAGAGAAACUUGCCAAGAUUGUUGACUGUCUUGAAAUUGACUACUUUGAGAAAGGAGAAUACAUUAUUCGUGAAGGUGAAGAGGGGAACACUUUCUUCAUCAUAGCGAAAGGAGAAGUGAUAGUUACACAAAGCACAGAAGGCUUUUCCGAGCCUCAGGAAAUUAAGACCCUUGGAGUCGGAGACUACUUUGGAGAGAAAGCACUCAUCAGUGAAGAUCUUCGCUCAGCCAACAUCAUCUGCAAUGAGAAUGACACACGCUGUCUAGUGGUGGACAGAGAUAACUUCAACCAGAUGGUAGGAACCUAUGAAGAACUUCAGGCUUACUUGAAGGAAUAUGUGGAAGAACUUUCCAGGAGUGAUCAGAGGAGAAAUGCUCUGCCACAUUCACCACAGAUUGAUUCCGCUGAGGCCCGAGAGCUCAUACGUAUAAAGGAGAGGAUUAUGCUCCUGCCACAUAAUCAGCCAUUCCAGGAUCUGCAGGUCAUAGCGACUCUCGGCAUGGGAGGAUUUGGACGAGUGGAACUAGUGAAGCUACAGGACGAAGACACCACAUUUGCUCUGAAAUGUAUUAAAAAGAAGCAUGUUGUGGAUAACAGGCAGCAGGAACACAUUUACUCUGAGAAGAAUAUCCUUCAGCAAACCAACUCUGCAUUUAUCAUCAGGUUAUUUCGGACAUUUCGAGACAAUAAAUGUGUCUACAUGCUAUUGGAGGUGUGUCUUGGUGGAGAAUUGUGGACUGUGCUGCGGGACAUGAAUUAUUUUGAUGAGCCCACUGCCAGAUUUUGUACUGGUUGUGUCUUAGAGGCCUUUGAUUAUCUCCACACCAUGGGUAUCGUCUACAGAGACCUUAAACCAGAAAACCUUCUCCUUGAUGCAAAAGGUUAUGUCAAAAUGGCAGACUUCGGCUUUGCUAAAAAGAUUGGUCUUGGAAAGAAGACUUGGACCUUCUGUGGGACCCCAGAGUAUGUGGCCCCAGAAGUCAUCAUGAACAAGGGCCAUGAUUUCGGAGCUGAUUGCUGGUCAUUGGGCAUCCUCAUAUUUGAACUCCUAACUGGCAAUCCACCCUUUUCUGGAUCGGACCCCAUAAAGAUCUACACAGUGGUCCUCUAUGGCAUUGAAAAGGUAGACUUCCCAAAGAGAAUAGGCAAGCGUCCAGAUGACCUCAUCAGGAGACUCUGCAAGUUAAAUCCGGUGCAAAGACUGGGAAACAAAAAGAAUGGUAUCACUGACAUCAAGAAGCACAAGUGGUUCCAGGGCUUCAAUUGGGAGGGAUUAAGACGUCAUAAACUGCUGUCUCCUCUGAAAAGAGAGCUGAAAGGCCCCAUGGAUCACAGUCACUUUGACAUAUUUCCUGCUGACACAGAGGUGACGCCUGAAGAAACCUCAGGCUGGGAUAAAGACUUCUGAUUCUUCACAAAAACAUUUUACAACAAAAUGUGACGUUUGUUUCGGAGCCCAUCAGCAGUUGCCCAAGCUACGACCCACGAGCCAAGUGCAGCCCGCCGGAGUCUUCAGUGCGGCCCGUGAGACAUCACAAGUUUAACAAGAAGAUUGGCCUGCAGCGUCAUUGUGCCUUCAUUUAUUCCCCUGUGGAUUGAAUUAGAAUAAUAUUGCCUUUUUGGGGGUGAAGAUAGAUUUAGUGGUCAAUGACCAAGUGAUUUAAUUUGAGAGUGACUUGAACACAGCAUUAAUUUAUAUGACUUAAUCCAAAACAAUUUUCCCCACUAAUGAUGUGUAAGUUAAAUGGUUACUAUAACCAACAAAUAAAGUCAACACACAUCGCACUUUACACACUUAAACAUGUUCAUAUAAUUUUAAAUUACAAAUGUAUAAAUUCACUUCAGUGAAUGAUGAGUGGUAUGCAAACACUUUCUCCACACAUUCACUUGUUUGGCGCAUUCUAGCUGCUUGAUAUUUUUGAUUGAUUGCAAAACUUUAAGGAGGUCGUCAGGGAAGCAAACAAGUUUGGAGUCAAACUUUCACAUUCUCUUAAUAUUCAAUGUUUUAUCGUUUAUACUUAAUACUGUCUCGUCGUCAGGGUCUGAUGUGGGGGGUUGUUAAAGUUUAAGUAAUUAAAGUUAUGUGUUGUUGAGUCUGUUAUAUUUUGCUUUAGUCAUUGCAAACUGAAGAGUUAUUUUGGUACAUUCAACACUGCAGUGUGGCAAAAAAAGUGUUGGAAUGUGUAUAUUUGUGUACGCGUGACUUUAUGCGUGUAUGUGUGCACGCGCGCAUCCAUAUUCAAUCAAUCAAUCAAUAAAUCAAAUGAUUGAUUGAUCUA